AUGUUCGUGAAUGCCGGUCGUAUUGGUGAGGUUAUCGAAGCGGCAGGGGGUGUAUCAUCUGGCGCCAAAGCAACUCUGGAAUUUGCAACCGAUUUGGCCAAGGGUGUAGGUGCGGCGAGUGAUGGUGUUAAGGCGCCCGGGAUCGGUGCCGGUGCCGGUGCCGGUGCUGGGGAUGUCCACCUCAUCCCAGGCCAGUCGGAUGCGAAAUUGGCACCUCUCCGUCCCCAACUCAGCAAUCCCAAGGAGACGUCUGCAGAUGCUUCUCUCAUCUCCGGUACUUCUCAAACCGACUCCUCUAAAGAGGCCUUCAACCCUACACUACAAAAAACACCUACAACACCCACAGACACCUUUCGUCCACCAGAUCCAUCUCUCUUAACUCCCAAAGAGCCCCCCAAGGAAUUACCUCAAGAGCUUCCUAAAGAUAACCUCAACCUCAAGACGGAGAAAACUUCCACUGCUCUCGAAAAACCCCAAGACACCAAUCCUGUGCCUUCAACUGUGGAACCGCCCAAUACACCUUUGAAUACAGAGCUGGGUUCACCUCCUGAUUCUCCCGCAGGUGUCCGGGGUACCUCCGCUUCCGAAUCCCAGCGUGCCUCCAAAAAAUUGUUCCAGGCUUUCAAACAGACAAGACCCGGAACUGAGCCGCCGUUGCCUGCACGCGAAGCUCCUACACUCAAAUCUCCUGCUGCACUCGAACGGCCUAACCAGGUUGGAUCUUCCGAGCUGGCCGACACAUCCAGAUCGUCUGACUUUAAGUCGGAAGCUGAACUACCUCUAGGCGACAAAGCCCAACCGCCAAAGCUUGACACGUGA